AUGGCAGAGAAUUGGGCCGAUCUCCCCCAAGAGCUGCUAGAAACGUGCUCAAGACAACUCCUUCUAGAUGACUGGUUUGCGUUCCGAUCCGUGUGCUCGACGUGGCGUGCCGCCGCAUUCGAAGAGAGGGUCGACGUGCCGUGGUUGAUGCUCGCGGAUGACGAGAGGACCGAGACCGAGCACGCCGAGCUCUACAGCCUCUUCAGUUUGCGAACUCACAAAGUCGCAUUGCCGGAAGUGAAGGGGACGAGGCGCUUCUCUUCGCGGGGUUGGAUCUUGACCGUAGGCACGGACUUGGAAGUCCGCAUGCUGAAACCCUUGUCGCGCAGCGGCGCCGUCGCCGCCGGUCGCGACAUCGUCAAGCUCCCUAGGUUGGACGAACUCCCCGGCUGGGACCCCGAAUCAUAUAUACCAGGACGCGCGUAUGCGGAUUUCGUCGACAAAUUUGUCUUGUCCGCAAGCCCCGCUUCGUCUCCAGACUAUAUGGUGAUGGUCCUUUACUCGCCCUAUGGAAAGUUAGGCAUAUGGAAACCAGGCAACGAGGAGUGGAAAAAGUUGACUCGCCCGGGCAAUGCUGUUCUUGACGUCAUACAUUAUAAAGGGCAAUUCCUUGCGGUUAACACCCCAGGUGAUAUAUUCGCGUGCGAUGUGGAUGGACCAGAUCCGACAGCUCAAUACAUUCUGAAGAAGCCCCCGGAAAUUCGCGAGGAUGGGUUCAUGCAGCUAUAUUUGGUGGAAUCGGAGGGGCGUCUGUUGCUGGUCUCGCGUUUGGGACAACAAGGUGGCAGCGAUGACGAUGACGAUGAAGAACUUAACGGUGAAGAUUGUAAAACCAACGAAUUCCAGGUUUUCGCCGUCGAUUUAGAGGCUAGAAAGUGGACCAAGCUCGAGAGCUUGGGGAACGCGUCCCUCUUCGUCGGUUUUAACUCUUCCUUUUCGGUACAAGUCGAUGAGAACCAACAUGCCAUCGAGCCAAACUGUAUUUACUUCACCGAUGAUUGCCCUCUUAUGUAUAUCUUUACUAAGGAUGGCGGAGGUAAGGACAUGGGAAUAUACCACAUGGAAGAUGGAAGAAUUGGUUCUUUUUAUGAUGGAAUAUCUCGUCAUCCUAUUUCUCCGCCUAUAUGGAUUGAACCGAGUUCUUGA